UCGGCGUCCUCGCCCACGCAUCGUCCUUUACCGUUACUGCAGUGGGUUCGGUUCAGUUCCGAUUAGUUCGCCAUUCGCAUAAGAACCAAUACAAAAUCGCUUAGCUUUUUUGUACCAGGGCGAACUAGACAAUGUAAUAAUAUCUGCUAAUGUGCAAAGCGUGGAUUAAAACUAGCUCUAACACAAAACCCAUACAAGUGCUCACUGCAAAAUCGCAAUUAAAAUUGCAUUAAAAAUUAAACGAAUCGCGUGUGUGUGUGUCUCUGUGAUGCGGAAAGUUUUGGCUGCGCCAAAUUGGCAAAAGUUAAAUGAUUAAAGCGUCAAGUUUGGCGAAUUAUGUGAAAGUUUUAAUUCGUAGGCGAACACAAUGCUUCGGUGAAAUUGCCACUGGAGAAAAACAAGCUCGAAAAAGCUUGGGAUAACGAGCCGGGACAGGCAGAAGAGGACGACCAACCCAGAUUUGCAAAGUUCGUGCCAUAAAUCUGCAGUUUGCAUGGAAUUAAUACCCAAUUAGGGUGAGGGCGGUAAAGGGAGGUGUAGCACAUGCACAUGCAACACACAUUAGUGGGUCACUCGAAGAUGAUGACGCUGCUGACCGAAACAGCCACAACAAGAACAACACCAAGAACAAGAACAAGAGCCACUAGAGUCGGGGUAAAAUUAUAUAAAAUUAUCAUGCAGGGCAGGCAGUUGGCUGGUUGGCCACUUGAAAGCGGCAGGCGGGCCUUGGCUAAACAUCAUCAUCAGCAGCAGCAGCAGCAAAAGCAGCAGCGACCGGCGACGUAUACGUAAUGUGCGCCAUGACGUAUACGUAAUGUGCACCAGGGUUUGGCCAAUUUGUCCAAGCAAACACUAAACCACUGAGCCAAAGCAGAAACAAAAACAGAAACUCGAGCUGAACUGAAACACAAAACUGUUAACGACAUCAACGAAACUUCUCGGCCAAAUGGCGAAAGUUAUCAAACAAUUGCGAAUUCGUUGAGAAGACCGUGCAGCCGUUGCGAAAAUGACAAAAUGGCGAAGUUAACGUUGCCUUGUCUACUGCGGCGACUGCAGCUGGUGGCGCUGCAACUGCAACUGCAACCACAACAACGGGAACCGGAGCAACAACAUCAGCAUCAGCAGAAGCAGCAGCAGCAACACCAGCACCAAAAUCCACACGGCUGCCACUUGAUGGCCAUGCAACUGGGCCAGGCCAUGCUCCUCUACGGCAGCUGUCUCCUGCUGAUCCACGCCUCCGUAUCCGCCUCUGUCCUGGCCUCGUCCUCGGACUCGGCUGCCAUCCCGGUCCAGGUGAAUCUCUCCUCCGCGGUCCACGCCUUGGAGGGAUCUACGCCUCAGCAGGAGCAACUCGAGAAGCGCACGCGGAAACGUGAUGCCGCCAAUGUGCCUGAAGAUGACGAAUAUGGCAGUUAUCCGGACGACGUCGACGACUUGGAGGCCUUGCUUAAUAAUAAGUCAGCUAAGGGGAAAUAUAUUGGAGCGCCGUGCAACGAGCUGAAGUGUGACGUAAAGCUGCUGCAUGUGUCCUGCGACAAGGAGUCACAGACCUGCAGCUGCGAACGCAAUUAUCCCGUGCAGCUGGGACUGAUAAAGGGUUGCGCCAAACCUAAAAAACUGGGCGAUCAGUGUUUCUACGACGAGACGUGCAUCUACAACGACGAGAACUCCCUUUGUGUUCAGGUGCGGCACAAUGCGAUGUGCCAGUGUGCCAGCGGAUUCCACUCCGUAAGCUAUGUGAAGCCAACGCGUCGCAUCUUUUGCACUCCAGAUCUCAGCGAACUGAGUUCGGACCUGCCCACUUUGCUGGGCGUCUCCACGGGGAUCGCAGUUCUGGCCGGGCUCAUCUGCAUGGUGCUGCAUCUGUUUAGCAAGACGAAGUAUCCACGACAUCGAAACUACGGAGACGCCAGCAUUCCGCCUCCCAUUCUGUACUCCAGCGAUACAGGGAUACCGCUCACCGUUCACUCGGGGCGUCCGUCGUCGCGUUCCAGCAUCCGGUCGACGGGAUCGAUAGGCUCCUUUGGCAACCGACGCGCUUCGGCCGGCGGACUGGGCGGGACUGUUGCCGGAGGAGGCGUGGCUGGCGGGACCGUCGGAGGAGGCGCGGCAGGAAGCGGCGGCUCGAAGGGCAUCCUGGUGUCGACGUCUCGAACAGGUUCUCGAAGACCAAGUCUAGCGUCGGUGCACAGCACCAGUUCCUCGGUGCGCAGCUACAGCAUGAUGCGCUUCGAGAAGGAGACGCAGCAGAAGGAGAUCCGGCAGGAGAUGAAGCUGCGGCUGGCCCGCCUGCAACAGCAGCAGCACCUCACGCAGAACAAGCCGCAGAUCGUCAUUGGUGAGGCACUAAUGCAACAUGGCGCCCUCAGUCGCGUCACCAUGGCCACGCCCAGUCCCCUUACGCCCAAUUCAUUGGACGAACUGCUGCCGUCCCUGGAUGAAAAUCAGGAGUAUCCUCCCAGGCUGGAAACGACGUUCAAGCAUCUUAUACAGCCUCAGGUUGGAGGAGCGAGUGGAUCCUCCGGAGUUGGGGCCGCAUUGAGAGCAGCUGCCUCCCAGUCAUCCCCGGAAAGUUCGAACGGAUACCACGGACCCUGCAGCUCCUCGACUGAGGCGCUCUAAAAUUAGUUUCAGCAUAAGUAGGCCUGAAUAGUAAAUUAGAUCGUAAGUAAUCGAAAAUUUCUCAUCUAAUUUGCGUAGAAGGCAAGAAGUUGCGUUAAAAGCCCGUUGCAAAUUAAAUUGAAUUCAAAUUGAACGUCAAACGUGUUGUAGACAGCUUAGAUUAUGUGUAACAUAGUAAGUAAACCAGAUAGAUUAAGUCUAGAACUAAUACUAAUAAUAAUAUGAAUAAGUGAGUUCUCAAAUUAGACAGCCUUUGUGUGUAUCAUAAUACGUAGGAGCUAAUCGAAACAUUUUAUACGUGUGUGUAUAUUGUCAUACAAUUUUUGUAGAAGUUAUACAAGCGAAAAUCCAGCUAAUGAGAAAAGGCAGGCCAGGCCAAGUGGUCGGGGGAUUGAAAGGAAAGAGCAUAGAGCCGGAUUGUAAUUGCUGCUGAAGAAUUGAUAUACCACUUGGCUUUCAUUUAUUUAGAUCAACAUGAAUUGAUUAGCGUAAAUUAGUCUAGUGUUUAUCGUUAGUGUGAGAUAGUACUGAUAAAAUAUACGCAAGAUGAAUUUAUACAAAAUCGGUUUAUACAACAGUAGUUUCUUGUACAUUGUACUCACGAUGAUAACUGUAUCGGAAUAUGCCAGAUUGUUCUAGCUAAAUCAAUAAUUAUGUUAAGCCAUCGCCACGAAAUAAAUCAAAAGUGUUAAUAGAUCCAACUAAGACAAUGUAAGUGAGGCGGUAAGAGAUAUUUUGUUCUUUGUAGGAAUAGGAGUCUCUAAUGCAUAUUCCGAAUGCUGGAAGUGCAAAGUCAAUUUUAGUUUACGACUUACGAAUUUUUCUACAGAGGCGUUUCAAGUGAAUACAAUAAUCGAAAAUGUGUAGAUCAAAUGUACAUUACUUAAUCGGUGGUAAUAUUGUUUAAUAUUUGAUACCAAGGUUGUUGACUGUAGUUGAUGUUCUCUACAUCGUUUGGUUCCAUGAUUUAUUGUAUCCUAUCUAUAGAUCCGUUCUCAAUAGUACGAAAUACAGCAGCUAUAAAGAUCGUUACAUAUACACCUAUACAAGCAUAUACAUAAGUGUAUGCAUAUUUGUACUUAACUAUGCUAUACAUACGAUGAGUAGACACAUAUCUGGAGUUCAGUGUUGGUUGAUGUUGGGAGUAUAUAGAAAUAAAUGCAAUUUUGUG